GGGGAGGGGGAGCUAAUCCUCCAUUUCCAUUUCCAUUUCCAUUCACAAAGACUGAAUCUUUAUCGACGACUGACUGACCGACCGACCGACUGAUCGGACAUGGCGUUUAUCCCUGCCGGCCGGUUAGAUCCUCAAUCGGCCGCCGAAAGGGCGGUCUCCGUCAUUGGUUUCGGCUACGAUCUCACCAAUGAUAUUCGUUUGUCGGCUUGUAAGCCUUGUCCAUCCGGUUCCGAUUUGAUUGACCUCCAACGGACUCAUACCAAGGAUCUACGUAUUCCCGGCGGCGUCAUCGUCUCCGGCGUUUCCGAAGCUAUCAAGUGCGAUAAAGGCGAGAGGACGCGCUUUCAUUCCGAUGUUCUCUCUUUCAACCAGAUGUCAGAGCAAUUCAACCAGGAGAUAGGUCUAUCAGGCAAAGUCCCCUCCGGUCUAUUCAAUUCCAUGUUCAGCUUCAAAGGGUGUUGGCAGAAAGAUGCAGCCUCCACCAAAUGUCUUGCUUUCGAUGGUUGGAAAAUUGCUCUCUACACUAUUGAAUUAGCAAAAUCACAAAUAGCACUAUCUAAGCAUGUCAAGCAAGAAGUUCCUUCUUCAUGGGAUCCUGCUAAGCUUGCAGAGUUUAUUGAGAAAUAUGGCACUCACAUUGUUGUUGGGGUGAAGAUGGGUGGUAAAGACACCGUUCACAUUAAGCAACUACAGCAGUCGACCCUUGAGCCAGCUGAACUGCAGAAACUAUUGAAACAGAUAGCUGACCAGAGAUUUUCUGAAGCUAUGGAAACUGAUACCGGUUUUUCGAAAAAGAACAAGAAUCAACAACAGUCUGUAGCCUGGGAUCUAAAUACACCAUUUAUGAGUUCCAUAGUUCCAUCAGUCAGUUCUCAUUCCAAGAAUGAUGACAUAUUAAGCAUAUCUAUUCGACGUGGAGGUUAUGAUGAAGGGCAAAGUCACGAUAAUUGGCUCUCAACUGUAGCACAAUUCCCUAAUGCUGUAUCGAUGUCUUUUGUUCCUAUAGUUUCACUUUUAAAUGGCGUAAGAGGAAGUGGAUUUCUUAGCCAUGCUAUUAAUCUUUACCUUAGAUAUAAACCGCAGAUUGAAGAACUGCGUCAAUUUCUGGAGUUUCAGUUACCUCGACAAUGGGCUCCUGCAUUCAGCGACCUUCCACUCGCACCUCGAAACAGAAAACAAGUUUCUCCUUCGCUUCAAUUUCGGUUCAUGGGUUCAAAGCUCUUCAUAAAUACCGUAAAGGUUGAUUCUGGAAACCGACCAGUUACAGGAAUCAGACUAUACCUAGAAGGUAAACGGAGCGAUCACUUAGCUAUCCAUCUUCAACACCUGUCGAAUUCACCUGAAAGUCUCCACCUUUCCGACGAUCAAACCUUCAAACCGACAAAUGAGCAGAUUGAUAAAGGCUACUUCGAACCCAUCAAGUCCAGCCUAUUCUCCCAUAUCUGUACCGCUCCCGUCGAGCACACUGGAUCCCACUUCGACGAUCCUGGUUCGAUAGUAACCAAAGCCUGGUUCGAGGUCAAGGGAAUGGGAAUCAAGAAAACAUUAUUCCUAAGGCUAGGAUUCUCAACAGUCGCUUCAGCAAGAAUCCGUCGUUCUGAAUGGCACGGUUCGUCAGCAUCCUCAAGAAAAUCUGGUUUCAUGUCUACCCUGAUCAGCACGACCUUCAGCAUGGGUCUAGUCCCACCCGAGAAUCCAAAGCCUGAAAAAGUCGAUUUGAAUUCUGCAAUUUACCCUGGUGGACCACCUGUCCCUAAUAGAGUGCCGAAACUCACCAAUGUUGUGGAUACGAAGGAAAUGGUUAGGGGCCCGGAAGAACCACCUGGCUACUGGGUCGUUAGUGGUGCGAAGCUGUGUGUGGUUAAUGGAAAAAUAAGCAUAAUGGCUAAGUUCUCGUUGCUGACAAUAAUGUUGGAAGAUUCAAUGAUGUGAGAAACCAGCUGAUUUCUUUAUUCAUUUGGUAAUUGAAGAAAAAAUUUAAGGUAAUCCUGCCCUGCCCUUUCCUUGUUUGUUUCAUUUUUCACAUAUUUAUAUAUUUCAUUAUAAUGUAAUAUAAAAUAUUUAUAUAUUUGUUAAUAUCCGAAAUUGAAAUAAAAACUAUAAUAGUAGAACUAGUUUGGAACACUA